AUGCACAUUUGCUUCAGAUCAGGGCUUGAGGGCAAGUCCCUCAAUGUUUUUGCAAAAUCGAGCUUAACACCUUUUCCAUCAACCUUCAUACGACUUUUAGAAGCAGAAAAACCUAAAAAUGCUAUUGAUGAUCAGGUUAAGGCCUAUGACAAAUGGGUUAAGACUGAUGAGAUAGCGCGAUGUUACAUUCUUGCCUCUAUGGUGAAUGUUUUGCAACAUCAGCAUCAGUCUAUGGGGUCUGCUUAUGAUAUGCUCGAAACUCUCCAAGAGAUGUUCGGUGAGCAAAAUCGUGCGGCUAAGCAGAUAGCCAUGAAAGCCCUUUUGAACACCAAGAUGGCUGAAGGAUCAUUGGUCCUUGGAGCUAUGAUUGAUAAAGAGUCUCAAGUUGAGAUGGUCCUGCAGACUCUGCCUGACAGUUUUCAACAAUUUCACUUGAACUAUGAUAUGAACAAAAUGGAUUUGUUACUAGCGAAAUUGUUGAAUGAGCUGCAAGCGGCAGAAUCUAUUAUCAAACAACAAUAUCCAAUUAUGGCACUCAAUGUUGAGAAAGCUUCGGUUUCUAAGUUGAAAGGCGGUAAGAAAAAAAAAGAAAGCUCAAAAGGUUUUGUCACUUGGAGGUGCGGCUAG